UUGCCUUGUCUUUUCCUCUUUCCGUCGCCUGGCUUUCCUCCCCUCCCCCUCACUGCCGACGGAGUUCUUCCUUUUGGGACUGAAUCGCCUUCACAGGAGAAUUUUUUUUUCCCCCUACUGUUGCCGCUUCUGCUACCGCCGCCGCCCCUGGGCCCAUCUGCCCGACCCCUUCCCGCCGCCCCACCCCUGGUCCCACACAAGAUGUCAGAGGAUCUAGCAAAACAGCUGGCAAGCUACAAAGCUCAACUCCAGCAAGUAGAAGCUGCAUUAUCUGGAAAUGGAGAAAAUGAAGAUUUGCUAAAAUUGAAGAAAGAUUUACAAGAAGUUAUAGAACUAACCAAAGACCUUCUGUCAACUCAGCCUUAUGGCAAUGCUGAAGUGACUCCACUGUUGAACCUCAAGCCUGUAGAAGAGGGAAGGAAGGCGAAGGAGGACAGUGGCAGCAAACCCAUGUCGAAAAAAGAAAUGAUUGCCCAGCAGCGUGAAUAUAAAAAGAAGAAAGCUUUGAAAAAAGCACAAAGGAUAAAGGAACUUGAGCAGGAACGAGAAGACCAGAAGGUGAAGUGGCAGCAGUUCAACAACAGAGCCUAUUCUAAGAAUAAGAAAGGCCAGGUAAAGAGGAGUAUUUUUGCCUCACCCGAGAGUGUAACUGGCAAAGUUGGAGUAGGAACUUGUGGAAUUGCUGAUAAACCCAUGACGCAGUAUCAAGAUACUUCUAAAUACAAUGUCAGGCAUUUGAUGCCUCAGUAAUCAGAAAAACUGUUGGAUUUCAUCCCUGCAGGGCUUUACAUUUACCUUUUUAUCCCUAUAUUUUUCUAAAGGUAAAUUAUUUGCUAGGUGAGUAAGGAAGAUACCAUUGUGGUCAUCGUUUGACUUCGAUAGAAUGAAACUUGAAGUUACAUUUGAUAAACUGUUAUUCAUUUAACUUUUCAUUGCUACUACUAUAGUUCCCUCAGAGUUUAUUGAAUAAGGCAACUUUUCUAGACGGAAGCUACUUCAUUUGGCACUUAGGUGAAUUGUUGAUAUACUAAUGCCAAGCCCCAAUUCACAGUUAAAACUUGGAAUUUGACAUACAAUUACUGAUUGGAACGUGAAGGUGAACACCAGCCACCUGUUAGAGAUCUUUUUCAGUUUGUUUUUGACUUUAAGAUCUAACUACUCUCAAGGUAAACCUGAAGAGGGCCAGGGAGAUAGUUCAGUGGCAGAAUCACCUGCCUGGCAAGUGCAAGGUCCUG